CUAAUGUAUAUAAUAAGCCCUUCCUCUUCAAACGUACCUUAAACCCUAGCUCAGCUCCUGCGAAUCUUUUGAUCAACCAUGGCUCAAACCAGGGAUUCGUUUCUUGAGCUACGGGUGCUCCUCCUCUGGCUGGAGAGGGCCGCGUUUCUCGAGGCCUACAUGUUGUCGGCGAUGUUCCCGAUGUUGGGAUUCAUGCUCUCGCUCGCCUUCCAAGUCCUGUAUUGGGUGCGCUCGGUCAUCCAAUCGGAUAAUCCGCGAUCGGAGAGGGAUUCGUGGGUUCUCUUUAUCCCGGAGCACGUCGCGGCGGUCCUUCUCGAGGCCUACUCGAUAUUUGGCCGGCCGCCAUGUCUCGCCACAAUGGCCCUCCUCCUUUUCGGGGGUUCCAGCAUGGUUCGCCUGUCGCUGGCGUGGUGGGCCAAGCAUCCUGGAGAGGUUGCUAAAGUUUGGGCGACAAUAUUUGAUGAGGGAACCAAGAAGACUAGGGAAGGAAACAGCGUCGCUAUGCCUCCUCCUGUGCAGUCUCCUUCUGGAGUUUCGACCAAAAACAAGAAAAAGCCAGUGGUGUCUAAAGUUGAGCAAGAGGCGGCUCGAUGGGAGAGCCCCGAGAAGGAGACUGCGGUGGUAGCCGAGACAAACCCGACGCCAGCAAAAGCCGCCGCGGGCCUCGAAGAGAAGACUUCUGAGGUACGUGCUGUUGAUAAGUUGGAUGAGACUGCGAAGCCCGCCGCGGGUUGUUGUGAAGACAUUGAUGAGAAUGCGCUGAAUGCUCUGCAAGCGACCUGCGGAAGUGGGGAGCCGCCGCUUGGUCAGCCACAAGAUAUCACCCCGGGCGAUGAUUCGUGCCCUUCGCAGGAACCGACUUACAAGUGUGUGCCACCCGCAGCACCAGGGGCCGGAAUGUACGGCUGUUUACAAGGUGGGAUCGGAGAGUACUGGGGCGGCUGGGGAGGAGGAUACUACGCGAGCCCUUGGGCAAGUGAAAGGGAGUAUCUCCUCGAGGAGCUGGACAAGGCCAAUGCCGCUGCCAAUGACUAUUACCAGGUCGCGGCUCAGUACAGCAUCGACGUCCACCAGCUGACCAUGGAGAACCACCAGCUUUUCUCGAAACUCGAGGACCUGACUGCCCGCCACGACAUUGACCGGGAAGAGCAGGUGCUGCUUCGCGAGAGCUUCAAAGCCCUCUGUGACCGCGCUUCCUACCUGGAUGAGAAGACGCGCGACGAGGUCUCAUGCGCGGAGUACUACAAGGAGUGCUGCCUCGAGUACAGCGAGGGUAAGGGCCUCCUCCAGGAGGAGAAUGCUUGGCUCCAGGCCGAGGUGGAGGAUUUGAGGAAGUGGCUCGACAAGUCCAAGUGCGAGCUCCAGGCCCUGGAGAACGCUCAGCCUGGGCCCGAGACGGGGGAGCUGAGGAAGCAGCUAGACGAGUCCGAGUGCAAGCGCCAGGUCCUGGAGGAGGAGAACGCUCAGCUUGGGGCCGAGAUGGAGGAGCUGAGGAAGCACCUAGAUGAGUCCGAGUGCAAGCGCGAGGACCUGGAGGAGGAGAACGCCCAGUUUGUGGCCGAGUCAGAGAACCUGAGGAAGUAUCUAGACAAGUGUGAGUGCAAGCGUGAGGCCCUAGAGGAGGUGAAUGCUCAGCUUACGGCCGAGACAGAGGAGCUGUGGAAGCUCCUAGUUGAGUACGAGGGCGAGCACAAGGACCCGAAGGAGGAGAAUGCUCAGCUUGUGGAUAAGACGGAGGGGCUGAGGAAUUACCUAGACAAUUCCGAGCGGAAGCGUGUGGCCCUAGAGAAGGCGAAGGCUCAGCUUAGGGCCGAGACGGAGGAGCUGAUGAAGCGGCUAGAAGAGUCCGAACGCAAGCGCCAGGCCCUGGAGGAAGAGAAGGCAGGCCUCGAUACCAACCUGAGCGGCGCGAUUGCCCUGUGCGAGGUCUAUUGCUUUGUGCUCAAGUACCUUUCACUUUUCAAUGGAGUCAAUAGCUAGAUUUCUCACUAAGUGACUCUGGAUUAUAUUCAGGUUUUCUUUGGUCUUCCUCGAGAGAUCUCUCCUAGUCCUUGUUUAUGAAUGCCUUGUCCUUAGUUAUUUGAUGAACUUGCUUCUUAUCUUGGUUCUUGGCAUUGCUUCUGCUAGCUUGGUGUGUAUUUAUGUCUUGCUCGCAAUCUACUUGCCUAGGAACCCCCCUGGAAAAGCCAAUGACAGAUCAAUGGCGUGACACUAGUCGUGGUCCUUAAAACA